UCCCCGCUGUAGCGCUGCGUGCAUUUUUCCGUGCUAGCGAUUCUAUUACAGGUGGCGCAUUUUCGUGCCUCGUUAAGCAGCCGACUGUGUUUGUAGCGACCACGGGUCCGCGAAGCUGCGAAUUUACUGAAUUGUGCAUGGAAUAGAGCGCGAAGCUCACCUGGUGGCCUCACAUUGAACGGCUGCGCACAGCAGACGGUUUUCCCAUCAGAAGCAGACAAGCGCUGUGCACCAUGGCCGUUCCAUCAGUGUCACCCUCGAAAACCGGCUUGCAGCCUUCCAUUGGAUUCAUUGACAGCUGCUGGACAGUUCCGUUCAUCACGGCUUUCAUGAGCCUCCUUGUGUCCAUUCCACAGACCAACAGUGGCCUGCUGUUCGUCCUGUUUAUGGACGGAUAUGGCGUCGAUCGGCAAACAGCCUCAUGGCCUAGAACCAUGCAGACAGUGACGACCAGCCUUAUGGGUUUUGCACUCGGAGCUAUUCAACACAGAGUGUCCAUUCACAGCACGAUCCUGGCUGGCGCCCUUCUGUGCCCUGUGGCUAUCAUCGCCAGCGCCUUCGUCCCAAACAUGGUUUGGAUGUCCGUAACCUUGGGAGUUCUCUACGGGGCUUCGUUCGGCGCCCUUGCUAUAGGAGCAGCGGUGUACGUCGUCUGCUAUUUUGAAGAGUACCGAGGCUUCGCCACUGGUAUCAAGUUCCUGGGCGUUUCGGUGUCAGGAAUUGUCGGACCUUCACUCCUGCCACACUUGGCGUCGGAACAUGGCCUAAAAGGUUGCUUCCUUAUUGUGGGAGCACUGACACUGAACCUGAUUCCUUUUGCUUUCAUGCUGCGAUACGCGAAACCCAUCAGGUGGUCGUGUUGCAGACAGAAGACGGCGUCGGGCGAAGCAGUGAAGGAUGCGCCCGCCAUCUACGGGGCGACAGCGCGAACUCAAGACUCCAGUGCUAGUAAUUAUACUAUACAACAGCCAGUGUUCGCACUUGACGCGGAAUUAGGGAUUAGCAACGGUGAGGUAGGCCAAACUGCAGACCAUAUCGGUACCAAGAGUGCAGUGGGUGUUGCGUCAAAGCCUUUGAUUACCUCUGCAACACCAUCGGAUAAACCUCUGGAACGGCAAAGCACUCCCUUGGGUAUUAUCUCGCAAGUCAUUGAGGUUUUGCGAUCGCCAUGCUUCUACAUUCUCUUGGUGGCUAUGGUGGCAUCAGACUUUACUCUUCCGCUCUUUGGUUCGACUAUAGUUGACUAUGCAGCGGACAAAGGCAUAGCAUUGAACGCCGCCGCGCAGCUCGUGACGUGCCAGUGUUCGGGAGGAUUCAUCGGACGCCUCAUCAUUCCUCUGAUCACUGACAAGCUCGCGCACAGCCGUUGCCCCAUCACAGCCCUCAGCCUGGCAGUGUUGGCACUGUGUUUCUGGAUUUUUCCCCACGUUGGCAGCUUCGCGGCCAUGGCAGUGGUCAGUUUCGUGACCGGUGUCCAGCAGGGUUACCUGAACGCCUUCAAGUCCGUCCUCGUAGCGGACUACCUGGGCGUGCACAGCGUUGCAGUGUCCUGGGGUCUCAUGGGCGUGGCAUUGCUACCGCUCGUACUCUGCGAACCUUCUAUCGUGGGUGCAUUCCGUGACGUGAGGGGCUCGUACGACAAUCUCUACCGAAUGUGCGGUGCCAUUGACCUGUUCGCUGCGCUCAUGGUGUGUGCGCAGGCCUUCACUGACGCCAGGAAGAGAAGCAAUGUACAAACGCACUCCUCGAACUAAGUUCACGAGAAGCUUUUUCUGUAAGCGCCUCAACCAGAUGGAGACUGCGGAGUCAUAGCAACAUUUCCCAUUAUCGUCAGUCAAGAAACAGUGCCAGAACAGCUGGAAUGUGGACGCCAAAAAUGAUAUGUAAGCGGCUGUGAAGCCUGAUAUGAACAGGACACUGGAAAGAAAAAUAAAUUGACGCUUUUUACUAA